AUGGCACAACCUCCUGUCCUGAGCGAGAUGUUCGACAUACCCGUGGUGGACUUUUCAGCAUGGAGGCCGGAGAGCACGCCCGAGGACCGUUUCCGCAUCGCCAAAGCAUUGGUCCACGCCUGUCGACGCGUUGGGUUUGUCUACAUUGUCAACCAUGCUCUCCCAGCCGAACUUCUCGAGGAAGCCUUUGACUGGACGCGCAAGCUGUUUGCUCUUGAUGCGGACAAGAAGAUGCUGGCGCCGCAUCCGGACGGGGCCAAAGUGCACCGUGGAUAUUCCUGGCCCGGGCUGGAGAAAGUGUCCCAGACAAUCAGCGAGCACGAGGACCCCGAGCUCGUGAGCCUCCUCAGACAGACCACGGAUCUGAAGGAGAGCUAUGAGAUCGGAAGCGAGGAAAACACAGAACAGCCCAACGUCUGGCUGCCGGAGGACGUCCUGCCGGGCUUCCGCUCCUUCACCACCAAGUUCUACUGGGAGUGUUCCGGGGUGGCACAGUCGAUCCUGUCGGCCAUGGCGCUGGGACUGGGCCUGGACGAGGACUUCUUGCUGAGAUUCCAUUCCGGACACAACAACCAACUGCGCCUCCUACACUAUCCCCCCGUGGAGGCGGCCUCCCUGGCCAGUGCUGCUGUUGCCAGGAUGCCGGCCCACACGGACUGGGGCUCGGUGACGUUACUCUUUCAAGACGACUGCGGCGGUUUGGAGGUGGAAAAUCCACACCGGCCGGGCCACUUCAUGACCGCCACGCCCGUCAAAAACGCCAUUGUGAUGAAUGUCGGCGAUUUGCUGAUGCGGUGGAGCAACGACUACUUGAAAUCGACCCUCCACCGGGUCACCCUACCGCCAGAACAGGAUCGAUACACGGGUUCGGAGCGACUGACGAGACGUCGAUAUUCGAUCCCCUAUUUCGUGAGCCCGGACUCGGACUCCCUGAUCGAAUGUCUGCCGGCCUGCACCGAUGCCACUCACCCCGUCAAAUACGCGCCGGUGAACCAAAAGGCGUAUCGACUUCUCCGAGCCAAGACACAGUAUCAGACGAAGGCGGCGGCCGUGGCUACAUAA